ACGAUUUACCGUUACACACGCACCGGGAUCAGCUGUGAUCAACUGCCUGUUUUCUUCGCGAUUAAACCUUUAAUCUAGGUAUGAUUCCUAUGACAGACGUGGUCGAUUAUAUGUUAUUGAGCAUGCGACUGAAACCAGACGUUUAUGUUAAAGUAACUGUUAAGUUGAGAUGUUUAUUAAAGUCAUUAAGGAGCUCAUGUGGAAGAUGCCUAAGAAAAAGACUGGCGCUCGUAAGAAGGCUGAGAACCGAAAGGAGCGAGAGAAACAAAUUCGAGCCAAUAGAGAGACUGUUGAUGUGGCCAAACAUCCAUGCAAUGCAUCUAUGGAAUGUGAUAAGUGUCAAAGGCGACAAAAGAACAGGGCAUUCUGCUAUUUCUGCGCUUCAGUGCAGAAACUUCCCAUGUGUGCGCAGUGCGGCAAAACGAAAUGUAUGAAGGCUUCAGACUGUGUCAUAAAACAUCCUGGUGUUCACAGCACUGGAAUGGGCAUGGUGGGAGCCAUAUGUGACUUCUGUGAGGCCUGGGUUUGCCAUGGAAGGAAGUGCUUGAGCACUCAUGCCUGCUCCUGCCCUCUUUCUGAUGCAGACUGCAUUGAGUGUGACCGUAGCGUUUGGGAACAUGGUGGACGCAUUUUCCGCUGCUGUUUUUGCCACAACUUCCUGUGCGAGGAUGAUCAGUUCGAACACCAGGCGAGCUGUCAGGUCCUGGAAGCAGAGACUUUUAAAUGUUUAUCUUGUAAUCGUCUCGGUCAACAUUCUUGUCUCCGAUGCAAGGCAUGUUUCUGUGACGAUCACGCUCGAAGCAAAGUGUUCAAACAGGAGAAAGGAAAAGCUCCUCCGUGCCCAAAGUGUGGACAUGAAACUCAGGAGACCAAAGAUCUCAGCAUGUCCACCCGAACACACAAAUUUGGCCGGCAGAGUGGCCCUGAUGAAGAUGAUUAUGGUGCAUCUGGAUACAGCUCCUAUUGGAAAAAUCAGGAAUCUGGAGGAGGCUACAGAGACGAGGAAGAUAUCGAGGAGGAUGACGACUUUGACGAUGAUUAUGAUGAUGACGAUGAAGAUGAUGAUGACGAUGAGGAGGAGGAGGAAGACGACCCAGAGGUGGAGGACUCUCUCUCAAAUCUGAGUUUGGGAGCAAGUGGAAAGACCCAGUAAAAAUGCGAUGUGUAGAUGGGAUUCAGAUAUUAUAGGUGUCAUCUAAAAACGUGUCGGAUAUUUGGCCUUUUAUCAAAGGUUUUCUGCAUUGCAUUGAUAUGAGUGUGUGCAUAAAUAUCUGACGUUGUCACCUUUUUGAAUUUUAAAUAUAUCUGAAGAAAUGUUUUUAAAAA